AUGGAAGCAAUUAUAAAUCAGUUUCUCACGUCAUGGGCCCCAGCUACAUUGCCAACAUCAACCUCAAUUAGCUCCAUCGACCCCACAAAUAUCCCGGGUUUGCUGGCAACAGCAGAGUCACUACGACAAGAAGUAGCCACCCAAACAAAUAGCAUAUCGCUAUACUUCCUUUCGCGGCAUGCAAGGGCGGCUGCCGCUUCGUAUACUAUAUUGAGUGAUCAACAGGUUUUGGCAUCUGCGACAUCUGCACUUAAUGCUGCAGCAAGCACUGGGGAUGCAACUCCCUCCCUUGACAUUGACUUGGCACAAAUCACCCAAGAAUUGUUCAAUUCUACAUUGCUAUUGAAGAAACUAGAGUGGCAGUCUAAUCUAUAUGCAAUUCACCUUUCGGUCCCAUUCAACUUGCUAUUUGCCAUAUUUUUUGUUAUAUUGUUGUUGUUGUAUUUCUAUCUUGGUCUUAUUAGAGGCAAGACAAAAUACUUUUCCACUUGUUUGCUCUGUGGAUGUGGUUUGGAAAUUGCAGGAUACGUUGCCAGGUCAAUUGGGCAUUACCACUGGUCAAACACUAACAUCUUUUUGUGUCAAAUAAUUUCACUCACAAUUGCGCCGGCUUUUGUUAUGGCUGGGGUUUACUACUUGUUGACGCAAUUGAUUAUUAUUCAUGGUGGCGCAGAAUUCUCCAUCCUACGACCCAAUUACAUUUCCUGGCUAUUUAUCUGCUGUGAUGUUGCGAGCUUGUUCAUUCAGGCUGCCGGUGGUAUCACUGCAGCUGUCAAACUUCGCCUCUUUGAAGAUACAAAGAGUGGUACCUACGUCAUGGUGGGUGGAAUUGCAUUUCAAGUUCUUUCAAUGACUUUUUUCCUUGCUUUGUUGUUUAAUUUCAUGUACCGUUUGUAUUUCAGAUCGAUUGGGUUAAAGUUUAAUAUCGUCGCUUUUUGCCAUUUAUUACUCAAUACCAAGCGUGGUCAAAAGAUACGGCAUGAUUACAAUUAUGAGCAAAGAUAUGACCCUUCGUUUGCAAAUAUAAGACUGCGACCAUUGUUUAACUUCCUACCGUUGGCAAUUAUACUAGCCUCCAUUUUCAUUUAUGUUCGGUGCAUCUACCGAGUCAUUGAGCUAUCGGAAGGGUGGAGAGGCUACUUGAUUACACACGAGGCUUUUGUUCUAACGUUGGACGCCCUUAUGGUGCUUCUCAGUUGUCUAACAUUCAUCCCGUUCCAUCCAGUGAUUGUGUUUGGAAAAGAUGUUCAAAUCUCGAUACGUCAAAGCUUUGGUAAAGGCGGUCAUGUAGAUUUGCCGCCGGAUAUCAUUUUCAAAAAGGAGUAUUCGUACUCUAAUGACGAUCAAAGUAGUGACACGUUGAAUGAUAAAUAUCUGUACAGAGUUGGAACGAGUGCUGACAGGAUUUCGGGCUCUCCAGCCUUGAAUAAUAAUGGUUGUCAAAAGUAUUCAAAUCCAUAUUUGUCACCUGCACGUUUUGCCAAUUACAAGUCUGGAAGCAACACUGAGAAGUUUGAGUGGCCAAAGUAG